AUGCCUGAUAAUCGUCGCGAUGCUCCGCGACCUCGCUUACACUCGAAACCUCCAAUUUGGGCAGAGUCGAGACAAGAGGUCUGCGAGUCCUUUGACUGGUUUAGGAAUUAUCACGGUGGUGUAUACUACACAGGAGGUGUGGUGAAGGGUUAUCUCCUGAGCGCGUUCUCUUCAAGUCGCGAUGUCUUCGCCCACAACGGCCGCCUUAUCAUAUCUCAUGGUGGUGGUAGGGCAAAGAGUUUGCGUAGAAAGGACGGAACUAGUCAAGUACAAGAAGCGGAUGACCAACAAGCGCAGGACAAAUCCGUGCGCGCCCUGUUGAACACACAUCGCAUAGGUCGCCCCAUUGCUCUCAUGGUAGAUGACAAAUAUAGCUUGUUUCCAUAUGACUUGGCUACGGACCGGUACACCUACGUUGUGCUUGGGUUCUAUCGUAUCGCACAUGCAUGGGCUGAGCGACAACCGGAAAACAACGUGAGAGGGUAUGUAGUUCGAUACAAGUUCGCUUUCCAAUGGUGCGAAGAGCAAGGCACUCCUUGGUGGAUGACAGCGCAUGACUCGGGACAAGGUGACGUGCACUGCUGCUCAGAGAACGACCUUGUCGCCUUCACAUGUCGAUUCUGUCGAAAACAAUCACCGAUGAUCUACGUUCAAGAUUGGAUUUGCUUGUCACCAGAGUGUAAAGCUUUUUGGCGGACAUCUCAAGGCGACCAUCCUCCAGCACAUCUGCAUUAUUCUGCGCAAUUUCUCCAGUUGCUGCACUUCGCCCCGGAGAGAAUAGAGCAGCUCCGGCCUCCUUUACCCACAAGUUGUACUAUCUGUAAGGGGUGGCACUGCAUCAAAUGCGGACGUCUAUCUAGCAGGUAUAUGUGGGAGCGCUGGUCAUGCAGAUAUUGCGGGGAGACACAUGCGGUUCCCGGACGAAUCAGGGAACCGAAUGAAUUCUGGGAUCAAGUAACGCCAAAGCUCCGUACUCAUUGGGUCGCACCGGAUUCUGGGAUAGUAAUAGCCCAGACCAGGUUCUUCAAGACGGGGAAUUCCUUCAGCAUGGUAUACACAUACCUACUUCCGCAUUCCCGCGGACGAAUCUAUUUAAUCAUCGGCAGCGGUGGAAUCAAUGCAGAUGCAGAUGCAAUAUUCCGAGAAUAUCAAGAACAAGCGGCAAAUGGCAAGCUCCUGUUCCGAAGAUCGCCGCUACGAGCUGUAUGCAGAGGUACACUGUUGACAAAAUAUUUCUCACAGAAUUGCGGUGAAUCAUAUCAGGUACGAGGUGUCACUCAGGCACAUGACCAUCUCGCCUAUCGUGCACAGUAUGUCGGAGGAACGGACAGCACGAUCACUUGGGAGCGUGCUCCGAGUGCUGUUUGUAGAGCUCGCGAUCUCAUCAACCAACGUGUGAAAGAAGCUCUCAAUACCGAGUAUGGGUUCAAUGAGGUCCUCAGUGCAGCAUACAUGGAGAAACAGAGCAUGGGAGGAGAUGUUCUGAUUAUGGAAGGAGCAGGUGUGCAGACAUAUUAUGAGCAUACUGUUAUACCGAUGGACUUUCGCAUUGCCGCAACUGCACGUUACAUCGAUAAUAGUGGCCAGGUGGUAAACUCUGCAUCUCUCUGA